AUGUGGGCUGCAGCAAGAGCCACAACUAUGCCUUGGUGGGAAGCAGAAAUGGAAAAUAUGAAACAAGAGGAUGAGGAAGCGUGGAAAUGGCUCAGUCAGAGACCUGCAAAGAAUUGGAGCAGAUCUCACUUUAAUACACAGUUUAAGUGCGAUCUUUUGUUGAACAAUCUUUGUGAAAGUUUCAAUUCAGCAAUAAUAGAUGCAAGAGAUCAGUCCAUUUUGACUUUCUUGGAGAGGAUAAAAGUCCUUGUGAUGCUUAGGAUGGCAAAUAGAAGCGCUGCAUGUCCGAAAUGGAAACAUCCAGUUGGCCCAAGAAUCUUCAAGAUAAUUGAGAAGAACAAGUUAGAUGCCUCCACAUGCAUUCCUCGACUGGCUAGCUUCCAAACAUAUCAAGUGACCCACAUGUAUGGUGGAGAAUUUGUUGUGGAUCUUAAGGCAAGGACAUGUUCUUGUCGGAGGUGGGAUUUAUGUGGGAUACCAUGUGGCCAUGCAAUUUCUGCAAUUUUUCAAAAGGAUGAAAGCCCCAUUGAUUAUGUGGAUGAAUGUUACAAGCCUGCAACUUAUAUGAAGUCAUAUGAACCAAUGAUUCACCCAAUCACUUCAAUGGAUCAGUGGGCUAAGUCUGGGCAUCCUCCAAUAUAUCCCCCAAAUGUUAGGGCACAGCCAGGAAGGCCCAAAAAAACAAGAGGUAUAAGAGGUUGGCCAAGAAGUAUGCUAAGAGGUAUGGGAAGAAGGUUGGCUAGAGGAACAGGAAGAGCCAAUGAGGCUCCAAGUGUUGCAACUGAAGUUGCUACUUCUUCACAACAAAGUUUGGCAAGAGGUGUGGGAAGAGGUUUGCCAAGAACUAUGGUCAGAGGUUUGGCAAGAGGAAGGGAAAAUACACCAUUGUCACAGUCAGUUGCACCUACACAAGAGAGCUCAAAUCCAUCUUCAACUUCUGUCACUGCCCAACCUGGUUCCAUAUUCAAACUUCCAACUAUUAGAGGGGGCACAUUCAAAAGGGCUGCUAUUAGAGGAGGAACAUUAAAAAGGUUGCUAUUGGAGGAGGAACGUUCAAAAGGCCUAAAGAAGUUCUAUCACAACCAUAAUCAUUCACAAGGCAAGGGGAAUCAUAUAUAUUUUUUGUAA